AUGCUCAAGUGCAUCCCGCUCUGGCGCUGCAACCGGCACGUGGAGUCGGUGGACAAGCGGCACUGCUCGCUGCAGGCCGUGCCCGAGGAGAUCUACCGCUACAGCCGCAGCCUCGAGGAGCUGCUGCUCGACGCCAACCAGCUGCGCGAGCUGCCCAAGGUCAGCUUGUCCUUCUCAAGGCUCCUCUGCAGCGAGGCUGGAGGAAGCGAGCGCCCCGGCACUUCCUUUGUGGAGGCCGGUGCUGAGCGGACGGGCCGGGGCUGCGGGCCACAGAGGAUGUGGCUCCCGUCUGCCGCGCACCAGGGCUGCUCGCAGCCCUUCUUCCGGCUGCUGAACCUGCGCAAGCUGGGCCUGAGUGACAACGAGAUCCAGCGUCUGCCCCCCGAGGUGGCCAACUUCAUGCAGCUGGUGGAGCUGGACGUGUCGCGGAACGACAUCCCCGAGAUCCCCGAGAGCAUCAAGUUCUGCAAGGCCCUGGAGAUCGCGGACUUCAGCGGGAACCCUCUGUCCCGGCUCCCCGAGGGCUUCACUCAGCUGCGCAGCCUGGCCCACCUGGCUCUGAACGACGUGUCCUUGCAGGCGCUGCCCGGCGACAUGGGCAACCUCGCCAACCUGGUGACUCUGGAGCUCCGGGAGAACCUGCUCAAGUCCCUGCCUGCGUCCCUGUCUUUCCUGGUCAAGCUGGAACAGCUAGAUCUGGGAGGCAACGACCUGGAAGUGCUGCCUGACACCCUGGGCGCCCUGCCCAACCUGCGGGAGCUGUGGCUGGACCGGAACCAGCUGUCGGCACUGCCGCCGGAGCUCGGGAACCUGCGGCGCCUGGUGUGCCUGGACGUGUCGGAGAACCGGCUGGAGGCGCUGCCCACGGAGCUGGGGGGGCUGGCGCUGCUCACGGACCUGCUGCUGUCCCAGAACCUGCUGCAGCGGCUCCCAGACGGCAUCGGUCAGCUGAAGCAGCUGUCCAUCCUGAAGGUGGACCAGAACCGCCUGAGCGAGGUGACCGAGGCCAUCGGGGGCUGCGAGAACCUGUCUGAGCUGAUCCUCACCGAGAACCUGCUGACGGCUCUGCCCCACUCCCUCGGGAAGCUGACCAAGCUGACCAACCUCAACGUGGACCGGAACCGCCUGGAGGUGCUGCCACCUGAGAUCGGGGGCUGUGCAGCCCUCAGCGUCUUGUCCUUGAGGGACAACCGCCUGGCCAUCCUGCCGCCCGAGCUCGCCCACACGGCCGAACUGCAUGUGCUGGACGUGGCCGGGAACCGGCUGCAGAGUCUGCCGUUCGCGCUCACCCACCUCAACCUCAAGGCCCUGUGGCUGGCAGAGAACCAGGCGCAGCCCAUGCUCCGGUUCCAGACGGAGGACGAUGCCCAGACCGGCGAGAAGGUGCUCACCUGCUACCUGCUGCCCCAGCAGCCCCCGCCCGGCCUCGAGGACCCCGGGCCGCGGAGCAGCCCCUCCGAGAGCUGGAGUGACGCCCCCCUCAGCCGCGUCAGCGUCAUCAAGUUCCUGGGGGCCCCCGUGAGCGACGAGGAUGCUGAGGAAGCCGCCGCUGAGAAGCGGGGACUGCAGCGCCGGGCCACGCCCCACCCCAGCGAGCUCAAGGUGAUGAAGAGGGGCGUGGAGGAGCGGCGUGGCGAAGCCUGCAGGCCUGGCCCCCGGCCGCCCUCGCCCUCGCCCUCGCCCUCGGAGGAGGAGAGGAGGUUGAGCACCGGGUCCGGCCUGAGUGAGGAUGCGCCUCUGCCCACCAGCCCCGCCGCCCAGGGGGAGCCCGAGGGCCUGCCGGCCGAGGCAGAGGGCCCACGCCAGCCGGCCACCCCGGAGGAGGCCGAGGAGGAGGCCUACGAGGAGCCCACAGUGCGGUUCGCGGAGGACACCCUGCUGCUGCCGCCCGGGGAAGACGGCGAGAGGGAGGAGGGGCCCCUGGAGGCCCCCUGGGCCCUGCCUGGGCGGCAGCGGCUCACCCGCAAGGACACGCCCCACUACAAGAAGCAGUUCAAGGUCUCCAAGCUGCCCCAGCCCGAGGCCGUCGUGGCCCUGCUGCAGGGGAUGCAGCCGGACGGCGAGGGCCCCGCGGGGCUGGGCGGCUGGCACAACGGCCCGCACACGCCCUGGGCUCCGCGGGCCGAGGACGAGGGGGCCGAGGAGGAGGCAGUGGUGGCGGAGGAGGAGGAGGAGGAGAAGGAGGAGGCUGUGGCCUCGCUGCCCUCUGUCAAGGGGGUGUCGUUUGACCAGGCCCAUAACCUGCUGAUAGAGCCCGCUCGCAUUGAGGAGGAAGAGCUAACGCUGACCAUCGUGCGGCAGACGGGCGGCCUGGGCAUCAGCAUUGCAGGUGGCAAGGGCUCCACCCCCUACAAGGGAGACGACGAGGGCAUAUUCAUCUCUCGGGUGUCGGAGGAGGGCCCCGCGGCCCGGGCUGGAGUCCGAGUGGGGGACAAGCUCCUGGAGGUGAACGGCGUGGCCCUGCACAGCGCCGAGCACCACCAGGCCGUGGAGGCGCUGCGGGGGGCGGGCACCACCGUGCAGAUGCGGCUCUGGCGAGAGCGCAUGGUGGAGCCUGAGAACGCCGUCACCCUCACCCCCCUGCGGCCUGAGGACGACUACAGCCCCCGGGACCGGCGGGGUGCCAGUCCGCGCCUGCCCCCGCCCGAGACCCCCGGGCCCCCCCGGCGGCGCCACGUGGCCUGCCUGGUGCGCAGCGAGAAGGGGCUGGGCUUCAGCAUUGCCGGCGGGAAAGGCUCCACGCCCUACAGGGCCGGCGACACGGGCAUCUUCAUCUCCCGGAUCGCCGAGGGGGGCGCUGCCCACCGGGCGGGCACUCUGCAGGUCGGCGACCGUGUCCUCUCGAUCAACGGGGUGGACAUGACUGAGGCCAGGCACGACCACGCUGUCUCCCUGCUGACCGCCGCCUCCCCCACCAUCGCCCUGCUGCUGGAGCGGGAGGCGGGGGGCCCCCUUUCUCCCAGCCCCCCGCCACACUCCCCUGUGCUCCCCGCUGCUGCCCCCACCACCGUGGUCACUGCCACCCCCGCGGGUCCUGGGCCUCUGCGGCUGGCCCCCAGCCUGCUUGCCGCUGCCCUGGAGGGGCCCUAUCCCGUGGAGGAGAUCUGCCUGCCGAGGGCGGGGGGCCCACUGGGGCUCAGCGUUGUUGGGGGCUCCGACCACUCCAGCCACCCGUUCGGCACCCAGGAGCCUGGCGUGUUCAUCUCCAAGGUGCUCCCUCGGGGCCUGGCUGCACGGAGUGGCCUUCGGGUCGGGGACCGCAUCCUCGCCGUGAACGGGCAGGACGUGCGGGAGGCCACGCACCAGGAGGCCGUCAGUGCCCUGCUGCGGCCCUGCCUGGAGCUGGUCCUGCUGGUGCGGAGGGACCCGCCACCCCCGGGCCUGCGGGAGCUCUGCAUCCAGAAGGCGCCCGGAGAGAAGCUGGGCAUCAGCAUCCGCGGGGGCGCCAAGGGCCACGCCGGGAACCCCUGCGACCCCACCGACGAGGGCAUCUUCAUCUCCAAGGUGAGCCCCGCGGGAGCUGCCGGGCGCGAUGGCCGCCUGCACGUGGGGCUGCGGCUGCUGGAGGUGAACCAGCAGAGCCUGCUGGGCCUCACGCACGCCGAGGCCGUGCAGCUGCUGCGCAGCGCGGGCGACACCCUCACCGUGCUCGUCUGCGAUGGCUUCGACACCAGCGCCGCCCCCGCCGAGGUGUCCCCGGGCGUCAUUGCCAACCCUUUUGCUGGCAUCGGCCGCCGGAACAGCCUGGAGAGCGUCUCCUCCAUCGACCGGGAGCUGAGCCCUGAAGGCCCCACCAAGGAGAAGGAGCUGCCUGGACAGACGCCGCAGUGGGGGCCGGAGGCCACGGUACCAACUGGGGCAGCUGGAGGGAAGAUGGCGGACACUCCUCGCUCCCUCGGCCUCCAGCAGACAAAACCCGGGGUGAUCCAGCCACUGGCUCAGGCCUGGCCAAGGGGCUCCCCGGCCCCCAGGGACAGAGGCAAUUCCUGCUCUCCCCCCUCUCCACCCUCCCCGGACGAGCUGCCCUCCGAUGUGAAGCGAGCCUACCGGACCUUCGCUGCUGUGCCGGGCCCGCACCCUCCCCAGGACCCAACUGCCCAACCCUGCACGCCCGGCCCCACCGCCUCCCCGGAGCAGCUGUCCUUCCGAGAGCGGCAGAAGUAUUUUGAGUUGGAGGUGCGGGUGCCCCAAGCCGAGGGCCCCCCCAAGCGCGUGUCCCUGGUGGGAGCCGACGACCUGCGGAAGAUGCAGGAGGAAGAAGCCCGGAAGCUGCAGCAGAAGAGAGCGCAGAUGCUGCGGGCGGCGGCCGAUGCGGAGCUGGCGGACGGGGAGGCCCCGGACAGCGAGGAGCCAGAGGACGAGCCUCCCUGGGCUGGCGCCCCUGCUGCAGGGCUGGUCCCCGCGUCCCCGUCCCCCCUGGGAAGCAGCGCUCCGGUGCGAACGGCCAAGGCUGAACGGCGCCAUCAGGAGCGGCUGCGUGUGCAGAGCCCGGAGCUGCCGGUGCCCGAGCGGGCCCUGUCCCCCGCCGAGCGCCGUGCGCUGGAGGCUGAGAAGCGAGCGCUGUGGAGGGCGGCCAGGAUGAAGUCCCUGGAGCAGGACGCCCUCCGCGCACAGAUGGUUCUCAGCAAGUCCCAGGACGGCCGGAGCAAGCGGGGGCCCCUGGAGCGGCUGGCCGAGGCCCCUUCGCCCGCGCCCACCCCAUCACCAACCCCCCUGGAAGACCUCGGCCCCCUGACCAGCACCUCCCCGGGACGUCUGGCCUUGUCCGGGAGGAAGUUCGAGUACAGGGUGUUCGCCGCCCUGCCUUCUUCCAGGCCUGUCUAUGACAUGCAGUCCCCAGAUUUUGCAGAGGAACUGAGGUCCCUGGAGCCAUCUCCCAGCCCUGGCCUGCAGGAGGAGGAUGGAGAGGUGGCCUUGGUGCUUCUGGGCAGGCCCUCACCGGACGCCGUGGGCCCGGAGGACAUGGCCCUGUGCAGCAGCCGCCGCCCCCUGCGACCAGGGCGCCGAGGCCUGGGCCCAGUGCCCUCCUAGAGGGGUGGGUCCCUUCCCCGGACUUGGGGUGGGGGCCCUGCCAGCACCAACACCACCCUUGCCCCAAGUCUUUUAACCUGGGUGUUAGCAUUUUAGAGACCCCUCAGGAGUUCUGGCCUCCGACUAACAGCUCCCUCCCCAGCCAGGACCUCUUGGCAAGACUGUAACUAGUGAUGUUUGUACAACCAAAGACUCUAUUUUGUGGUUUAAGGAAAAUAAAAUUGACUACUUUU